UACUCCCCGGAACUCAAACUUUAACGGUGUCUAUUCAAAUUGCAUCUGAUGCCAACCGAAUUGUGACGACUUGUUUCUCCAAUCUUUAAGUGCACAGUGACCAGCCCACCACCAGGUAGAAUGUCCACCAUCACCGAAGGAAUUGAUCGCAUUCCCGAUUCUCUCGGCUUUCUGGUCCUCAAUAUGAAGAUGGUACUGUACUUGGUUUUGGUGGAGAACUGGAGAAUGACGAAGUAAAGGCAGAUAUUUUUAUGAACCUGAUACAGAAAGCUGCUAAGAUACAGAUGUCAGCUGAUGACAGGACGCCAUUAAAAAGACUAUCAAGUUAGAACCAAUCCGAAGCAUAAGCUCAUCCGUCUCUACAUUGUGGUUACCGUUUGAUAACAAGUUGAGGCACAUGCUGGCCAGAGUACCAUCAUGGGUACUGGGAGUUCUAUGUUGAGAUCCCAGGAUGAAGAUGACGUCCUGGGAAUUGAAUAUGAAGGCAACAGUCAUGGAGUCAUCAAGCGCAUUCCAAUUGAAGUCAAACCACGUGGAAAGCUGGGGCUGCGUUCAGUUGGCUCAUUGGGUCGUAAACCGAAGGGUGGGAGCCUUCAGUCAGCUCUCUCUGUGGACCUUGAGAAUCCAGAAGCGGAGAAAAUUAAACGCGAGUUUGAGAUGUACAGAAUGCAGAAAGAAAAUGAGAUUACGAGUAUGGAGAAGCGAGAUCUGAGAUUGGACACUGAAAACAAAAGGAUGAGGUCUGAGCUGCAAGCUUUACAGAAAACAUGUACAAAGUUGAGAGCUGAGAGAGAUUCUGCCCAAGAAGCUGAGAGGCAGGCUCUGGCUCGUGCUCAGACAUUUGAAAAUGAGAGAGACAAAGUACAGAGACAGUUUAAGAUAUUCAGAGAAACAAAGGAAAGUGAAAUCCAGAACUUGUUGAAAGCGAGAAGAGCAUUAGAGACCAAGUUGUCCAAGAGCAAUUUGAUUGUGGAAGAUAUGGAGACCUCUAAAGCUGGAUUAAUUGAUCAUUUAGGCAGUUCAAAUCCUGGUGACUGGUGGACAGCUUUGGAAAGUGAACCUUCCUUAGGCAGCACCACACAGCUCCAUCAGCCAGUGUUUCGUGGCCCUGAGUUUGCACACAGCACCAUGGAAAUGGAGGGACCCUUUACCAAUGUCACCAAGGAAGACUGGCUACAUGCUGCUGCUAGCCUGGCACAAAUAACAUCAGGUGUGACUGAGGUGGUUAGCAAUACUAUUCGGCUGUACAUCUCGGCUCCUGCCGAUAUGUGUAAGGAGAUGAUUCUAUUAAAUCAGGUUUAUCUGCCAAAGCUGCAGCAGCUGUGCGAAGUUGAAGGCCGUUACCUUGUUUCAAUCCAUAUGCCUUACAGUGAGAAGGAUUGUCUCUCAGAUCAGGCUCUUGAGAGGCUUUCCUCCGCCAGGGCAAGACAGGUCCAACAGUCCACUAUCUUCUUGGCCUUCUUAGGGGACAACAUCAACAGGUUUACAGGGAUUGAGUUUCGUCUUGGUCACCUUGACAGCCCUGGAUCAAAGCCAGCCCUCUUCGCCUUCACUAGUGCUGUCAGAAAUCCAUCUCCUGAAGUGCGAGAGUUGAAAUCCAAAAUUUUUGAAUCUGGUAGCUGCAAGGUCAUUGAUGGAUAUUCUACACCCGAGGAGGCUACACAACACAUUCACAGAGAAUUGGAAAGGAUGUUUAAAAUUGAACUUGGAGUUGACAUCAAAAAGGAGCCCACAGAUCAAGAUUCUGGUUUUGUUGAUGAUGAAAGUUCAGAGCAUCUCUGUGGAGGUUACAUCUGGGAUCCACAGGGAGAUUAUGAACAGAUUGAAGCAUUUGACUAUGCUGUCUCUUCAAGUUGUGAACUGGGAUUUGAAAAGUAUUAUGAACGUCUCAAUGCACACGUCUCUGCUGCUGGUCCACUACCUCCCCUCCUGAUCUCAGGACCAGACGGCUCAGGGAAGUCACUGCUGAUGGCCAAAUGGAUACAACUACAGCAACAAAAAUCAAUGGGUGCGCUCGUGUUGUACCAUUUUGUAGGAAACAGUUCUUCCUGUAGUGCAGACGCCUCUGUGAUAAUCAGACGACUGACAGCACAGUUGAUGCAGCAUGUUGCAUCACCGCCAGCACUGACUGGGGAUCCGAACAGACUUGUGGAGGAGUUCCCGCGAUGGCUGGAGAAGAUAUCAAGCAAAAGCCCAGGAGGAUUACUGCUAGUUCUCGAUUCUAUUGAAAGAUGUCAGCAAGCUGAGAAAAAUCUCAAGUGGUUGUUGGAUCCGUUACCUGUGGAUGCGAGGGUGAUUGUGUCUGCCAAUGGUGAAAACUGUCCACAGGCUUGGAGGUCAUGGCCAACCAUUCACCUUGAGCCUCUGACCAGUAAGUGUGUGAAGGAGUUGGUGCAGACGGAACUAUCUGGAAACGGACUGACGCUGGACCCAGAACAAGAGAGCCUCAUUCUUACUAACUGCCGGACGACUGCGACAUGUAAUCCCCUAUACGUAAUGGUUCUAAGUAGUGAUAUCAGCAGGUGCAGCAAUAGUGAAAUGAACCGGCGUCUGAGUAGUUUAUUAUGCUGUACGGACUGUGUGUCUCUGAUCAAGAUUGUGCUGGAUACGAUACGACAAGAGAAUGAAACUCCUGACACGAGAGGACUCGUCAAAAAGAUCCUGCGGUUUAUCUAUGUGUCAAGGAACGGUAUAUCAGAAAACGAGGUGCUGGGAUUACUGCCGAAUGUCGACUGGAACUUUCUGGGGCCACUGAUCUAUGCUUUAGUUAGCCAACAUAUCAUCACAUACAUAUCUGGUUUAAUGGUGCUAGCUCAUGAACAGGCUCAACGAGCAGUUUAUGAGAAAUAUUUUAGUGGAAAUGAUACCAAGGCCAUAGAGAGUACGAGAAUACUCUACAUCAACUAUUUACUUGACUUCCUACAGCCUGGAAAAGUAACGUGCCGUGUGGCAGAUGAACUUCCUUGGCACAUCUACCAACUGGAGAACAAAGCGAAACUACAUGAAUGCAUCCUAGUCCUGUGUAUAUUCCUACGCCUGUACGGCCGCGGCCGCUUUGCUGAACUGAUUGGCUACUGGAACUUUGUUGGUGCUGAUAAGGUCACCAUGGCUGAGGAAUACUUUGAGGCCACUAAGAGACUAGAAGAAAUGGUUGGAGAUUGCAAUGGAAUGAUUACACUGCCUCGAAUAGCUGAUAUGUGUGAGGCCCUUGGUAGAUUUCUGCGCGACAUAGGCCUCCUUGACCAAGCCGUCCACCCCCUACAGCAUGCCCUUGAGGUGAGGGAGACAGCCUUAGAUCCUGAUCAUCCAAAAGUUGGCCAGUCGCUACAUCAGCUCGCCGGACUUCACGCUCAGUGGGGCAAGUUCAGUACCGCCGAGGCCCUCUACAAACAAGCAUUGGAGAUCUAUGAUAGUACACCAGGGUUUAGUGCUCUUGUGGCGAAGGAGUUGGAUGCACUGGCCGUCCUCUACCAGAGACAAGAAAAACAUGAGCUUGCAGAUCCACUUCACAAAAGAUCAGUCGCUAUCAAGAAGAAACUCAAGGUGCCCAAGUCCUCUUCUACCAGCUUCCAGAACACUCGAGGUAACAACAUCUUACAGAGACGAGCCUUGCACCUGGAGGAGUUAGCUAUGGGGCCGGAUUCACCAGACCUAGCCAGGACCCUCAAUGAGUUAGGAGUGUUGUAUUAUCUACAAAACAUACACGAUUCUGCUGAAUCAUUCUUCCGUCGCAGUCUUGAGAUUCGCGAACGACUUCUUGGUGAUGACCAUCCUGACUUGGCUCAAUCCCUGAAUAAUCUGGCCGCUCUGUAUAAUGAUAAGAGAAACUAUGAUGAUGCUGCUCCACUCUAUGAGAAGGCAUUGAAUAUACGACUAAAGCAUCAUUCAAGUGACCAUCCCAGCGUAGCAUCAAUAGUGAAACACCUUGCAACAUUGCGCAAGAAUCAAGGUGAACUGGACAAGGCAGAACCACUCUACGAGAUGUCGGUGGAAAUCCGAGAAAAAUCGUUUGGGAAACAUCACCCGUCUGUUGCGACAGCUCUGGUGAACCUGGCUGUGCUGUACUGUCAAACCAACAAACAUUUGUCUGCUCUUCCAUUGUAUGAGCGAGCUUUGAAGAUCUAUGAGGACAGCUUUGGUCCGAGUCAUCCCAGAGUUGCUGAGACGUUAAGAAACCUUGCAGUAUUGAGAUAUGACCAGGGAGAUUAUGAGAUUGCUGCUAAACUUUACAAGCGGGCCACCGAGAUUAAAGAGGACACACCAGGGUUGAGGAAGUCAUCAGGACAAAGCUCCGGUGAAGACACCACGUCCACAGUGAAAAACGCUCGCAACCAAUCAAAUCAGUACUAUAUGUGAACAAUGAGAUACACAACAGUUUUCUAAGUGCCAAAUAAUUCAUUUUGUUUAAUUUUGAGAUUUGGGCCAUUCUUGAGAAAAGUACAUGCACGUGUCUGGAGAAACACGAGGGAGACUCAGUCCAUACAUCAGGGCUGUCUCCAUGGCUGAGAAAUGGGAAGUUUUCAGUAGGGGGUGUGAUGGGGAAGGGGUUGUACAGAAAGCUAUAUUUGCCUGUACUUAAUGAAUGGUACUUAAUGAAGAGCUGACAGAUCUAGACUUUGUAGAUUUGUAGCUUUACAGGCCAGUACUGCUGAAGUUUUGCAAUGACUUUUAACAACUAAAGGUGCUUUUGUUAUGCAUGAUACAUCAUGGCUGUACCAGCUUCCUGUCAGUAGAAUUUCAUUCAUGGGUUAGGUGAAUGAAGUUUAUCUACUACUCUAGUUUGCACUUAAAUCCUUUUAGAGCUUCUUCUCAGUCCCACACUGUUGAGCUGUUGGGUCAUCUCGAGUAAAUGUGCCUUUCAAACCUGGUCUGCAGACAAUGCAUCAGAUCAAGUUUUGUUUAGUAAUCCACUAUGCUGCUG